UUUAACACAGCGCAGAGCGAAGCUGGCGGCCACAGUCGUGCCCUGGAUUGUAACAGAGAAAGAGCGCAAGCCCUCCUGCAGCCUGCAAGCCCACCACCAUGGACGUCAAACUGAUGGCACUGCUGGCUCUGCUGGCCGUGGCCACACAUGUUCCGACCUCCAACGCAAAGCCCAUCAGUCUGGUUGAGCGCUGCUGGUGUCGAUCCACUCUCAACACGGUUCCCCAGCGCUCCAUCAAAGAGCUCAAGUUUCUCCACACGCCCAACUGCCCCUUCCAAGUCAUUGCAAAGCUGAAGAGCAACAGGGAAGUUUGCAUCAACCCUGAGACCAAAUGGCUGCAGCAGUACUUAAAGAAUGCCAUUAACAAGGUGAAGAAAUCUAGAAGACGCGCUAAUAAGAUCAACUAAAACACAAAGGGAGUCCUGUAUGUCAUCCAGCCUGGUAUUCCCAGGCUGAACCUCUGUACCUCCCUGUCACUGCUAUGGAUGUAUGCACACACGCUGUAUGUACCCGUCCAACUCUCUGGACAGCUUGCAGAAGCUGCACUCCAUCCCCAGCACCAUCCACCGAUCCCUCGGGACGUCCAGUUGUUUCACAUUCACCUUAUCCGGCAACAAAUCUUAGCACCAAGUGCAAUCUCACCUUGACGGACACAUGUUGAUGUCAAAAAUAUGUGCUGAGUACUGAGUGAAUGGCAUGGGAGAGUGUGUGUGUGUUUGAAUGUUGCAUACAUGAACUCUGAUUGUGUGCCUGUAUAUAAUAUUUUCUUGCUUCACACAGCUAUAGAGGAACAAUUCUACCUUUCUGUCUCGUGCAAGGCUUUGUGAGUAAUGCCACCAUCAUUUCAAGUCAGAUUAAUUUUUAAUAAAAGCUGCUGACUGAGGAAAAAACAUUCACAUCAGCUUCCUUGGAAAAAAUGCUCUUGGGACUUUGUUGCCAGUUCCUGCCCUUUUAUAUCAAAAAAUGUGGUUUGGAAAAAUGCAGACGUGUCAAAUUUGAAAACAUCAAAAGAAAUGUUUCCACAUCAAAUUGAUAUCAUAUCCUUCUGCUCAGAAUGAUAUGAUUUAUUAUUCUAGUUUUAAUAUAUACAUUACUCAAAGAAGAAUUUUGGAUGUAGGCUUUCCACACAUAAAUGUAGAAGGCUUGUUGUGAUUUGAAGUGAAAGUGGCAUUACUCUGAGAGUGAAGGCUCAUGGGAUAUAUUCAGGGGCUGGCAAUUGGGGGAAACCAUCCACAAGCUUUUGUUAACUGUAACACGCAGAGCUCGCUAGCACAGGUCUAGUUGGUUUUGAGCUUGGUGCAGGAAUAGAGAGGAAGCUCACAGAAACUACUAAAAAGCACGCACUGAUCCAAUGGUGCUAUAUGUUCAGUUUAAGGAGUCAGAGCCAUUGACAUAACUGUGUUUUUAGUGAUGAUUUUAUGCAAGAUGGGAUGUCGAGACUCUCGGUGUCUUAAAUGGAAUGCAAUAUGUUUUGAAAUAAAGGCUCAAAGGACUGUUGUUGGAAGUGAAAAAUGAAAAUGAAGUCGAUUCUAAGCUGACGUUAAGGCCACACUGUACUGAUAAAGACUGUAAAGAAAUAAAACACUAAUCAGUGCAUCCCAAAAAGUUGGUCCUGUUCAUCUGGACGUCUGAAGAAGUCACUUGGGUGAGUGACGAAACGUUUCCCCCACUGAAAACAGAUGAACAGACUCAACUUUUUGGGAUUUCCUUAUCUGGAUGACCGAGCAUGGAUGAAAACACCAAUCAGUGCAGCUUUUUGUUUUUUAGCCAAUUGAUCUUAUUGGUUAAGAGAGACCAAAUAUUUAUGCACCACCAAGAAGCAGAUGAAUUCAAUUUCAUGGAUUUUAGGUAAAAUAGGUAGGACGUCGUUACAAUUCAGGAUAGUUUUACACUUUGUAAAAAGGACCAACAGAAGAAGUUAGAUGCAGUGUUUUCAUACCAGCACCUGUCCUUAGUAGGAAUGAAAAGCUACUACAUUGUCCAAAUAGCUGAAAGAUAAAUGCCUGAAAAGGAAUGCUCACGGUGGCAAAAGAACAUUUUUAAUUAUCAGUUAUUUUAUAUAUAUGUGAACCACUUUAUGUUUUUUUUAAUGUAAUUGUUUUAUUUUUAUAUUGAAGAUAAUCUUACAAAAUGUUUUUUUUAAUGAAAUGUACAACAGGCAGAAGCUACUAAAUGAAGGCCGUUCAUUAAAGUGCUAGAAACAGUAUCUGACUUCAUUUUUGAGGAUUCAUUCAAUAUUUCACAUAUAUGUAAAAGUCUGUAAGUAUGUUAUGCACAGUAUGCGACACAUAUAUUAAUAUUGCUUGCAUUUUUUUUAGAAUACAGAAAUGCUGAGCAACUUAAAUGUUGCUGUCUUGAGUUUAUUGAUAUUGUUUGCUUAUCAGCUGCAGAGCGCGUGAGCGGAAUAAAACCCAAUCCAGCCUGCAGUGAUAGAAAACAAAAGCCACAAGUCAGGAAACUAUUCAGCUCAGCCCACCAUUUGUCCCCAUCAGCCUCAUGAUUUAGUUUUUUAUAGUUUUACUUAAGUUGAUAUAUGAUGUGUCAAAAGAACUGCUGAGCCAAAACAGAAUAAAGACUAAGAGUUUAGAUCAGCCAGCAUGUGCUUUCAAUCUGGACACUCCCAGCACCCCACAGGCUUUCUUUUCAGGUUCACUCGACUGCUCCCAUGCCGCAAAAUUGCUUUGUUUUGUUUUGGGUCCCCCCCCCUCCCCACAAAUUGCUAUGGAAGUCCAAGUGCUUGUGGUCAUUGUUAUCGUCUAUCAUCUUUUGUGUUUUAUGGUCUAUUUACUGACUGACAGGUUACUGGUGGUAAUCUUAUCAAUUUGGAGCUAAUGGUGCAACAAUCCUGUAAGUGUAAUUCAUUUCUCAUUACUCUAAUGGCCAAGAAUCUUAUAUAAUUAUACUAAUUUGCGUAAACACCAUUGCUCAAUAAAACUGUGAUGUUUUCCAAACACACUGAUAUGAAAAGAUAAAGGUUAGUGUGUUAAACCACAACCCAGUCCAUAAUUAGUAGAUUAAAUAUUUCUGUAAAAAAAAAAAGUCCAGAUUUUUCAUUUAUAAUGUGAUUAUUAUCUAAAUAGCAGGACUAACUUUUUUAAACUAAUAAGAAAUAUGUUAAACAAACUUUCAACAGCAUAUGCUCUACGUCACUCACGAUUUACCUUAUUAAGAUUCAUGUAAUGUAAUAAGUAUUUAGUUAUAUUAAAUAGACUUUAAGUGCUGUUAAGUUAGUCCCGUGGCCCCUGUGGAAACUUGACACCUGUGCAGUGUCAGAGCCACUCUCGCUAACCCAUCAACAGAGCGUAAUUUGUGGGAUCAAAUAUAUAUCAGGCAAAGCUGUGUUCCAACACAGUCAUCACUGUGCAAUUAUAUUUUUCAAAGAAGGUUUUUGUUUCUUUGUAUUUAGACCAAAUAUAUAUUCAGGGUCACAUUUACUUGCCAUUAGUGUGUUACUAAAAUAACUGAAGUGUGUUUCAAUUAGGUCCCCAAGACAAUGUGAAAUGACUUCAUUUCUUUUGAGGCAGCUUCUGACACAUGUUCUUCUAUACACAAGACGUAUUAGAGUAUUACUCUGUAUUUUCACUGAUUGUAAACCAAGAGGCAGUAUUUUAGCUUUUAUAUCAACCCUUUUUUUCAAUAAACCUAUAUAAACUAAA